AUGGAGCCAACUGGGAGUCCGUAUGAGUAUUACGACUAUGACGAGUCAGAGAACUCCAGCAUGUGUGACUAUUCAGAGUGGACUCCGUCAUACUCUGUCAUCCCGGUGCUUUACAUGCUUAUUUUCAUCCUGGGCCUCUCUGGAAAUGGCGUGGUCAUCUUCACCGUGUGGCGAGCCCAGGGCAAGCGACGAGCUGCUGACGUCUACAUCGGCAAUCUGGCCCUGGCUGACCUCACGUUUGUGGUCACUCUGCCCCUGUGGGCUGUUUACACGGCCAUGGGCUACCACUGGCCCUUUGGAGAGGCUCUGUGUAAGAUCAGCAGCUACGUGGUGCUCCUCAACAUGUAUGCCAGCGUCUUCUGCCUCACCUGCAUGAGCUUCGACCGCUAUCUUGCCAUCGUCCACUCCUUGUCCAGCACCCAACUGCGCACCCGUGGUCACAUGCAAGGCUCCCUGACAGCCAUCUGGCUGCUCUCUGGUCUGCUGGCCGCCCCGACUCUCGUCUUUCGAACCAUCAGAUAUGACUUAGAAACCAAUCGUACCUCCUGUGCCAUGGACUUCAGCCUGGUGGUGACGAGCAAGGGGCAGGAGAACCUGUGGAUCGCCGGCCUCAGCAUCUCCUCUUCGGCUCUGGGCUUCCUCCUGCCAUUCUUGGCAAUGAUGGUGUGCUACUGCUUCAUCGGCUGCACGGUCACUCGCCACUUCAACACCCUGCGAAAAGAAGACCAGCGCAAGAGGAGGCUGCUGAAGAUCAUCACCACGUUGGUGGUGGUGUUUGCCGCAUGCUGGAUUCCCUUCCACGUUCUGAAGAGCGUCGACGCCCUGUCUUACCUGGACCUGUUCCCCACCACCUGUGACUUCCUGCGUUUCCUGCUGCUGGCUCACCCCUACGCCACUUGCCUGGCCUAUGUCAACAGCUGCCUCAACCCCUUCCUUUAUGCUUUCUUUGACCUGCGCUUCAGAUCUCAGUGUCUGUCCCUGCUCAACCUGAAAAAGUUCUUGCACACCAGCCCACCCAGCUCCCUGUCCUCACAGAAGACAGAGGCUCAGUCUCUGGCUACAAAGGUGUGA